AUGCGGGCUCUGCUAGGGGCCCAGAUAUGGAAAUUGAAGAUGUUCAUGGUACCCCCACCUUGUCUCAUUAUGGGGGCCUCAAUUGGCGUUUGAUGGUCAUAAUACGCUCUGUUUACCAUCACCAAGGAGGUGAAUCGACCAGCCCCCCGAGGCCACGGGGGGAAGGCACUGGUCCUAAGCCCUGCCUGACUUCAGGGGUGGCUAUAGUAGGGGGGCAUUUUCGCAGCACCGGGGACGCCCGUGCACGCAAGCGGCAGCAACAGCAGCGCAACGGCAACAGAAACAGCAACAACAUCGCACCUAGGGGCACACGAAGUAGCAUCAGCACCCAUACUCCCGACAGCCUUCGCAGCAGCCUUCUUCAGGAGGGAGAGGUGGCUCCGGGGCGGCAUCGUCGACCAACAUCACGAACCCCAUGUCGAUGGUGGGGCUGUUUUCGCCGGAGUUUCCCAAUUAGACGCAAUCCAACGUCUAUUAUGCCGCCUGACCAGUCUCCGUCAGGUGCCACUGCCCCUGCAUCUUUUCCAGCGCCGACUGGGGGUGUUGGGAUGCAACCCAACCCAGUCCUGAGGAGCUCUUCGUGGCGGCGUUUUGUGGAGUCCUGCCCGGAGGUUUAUGCGGGUUCGAUUCUGAAUUCUGGCUCGGGUUCCGCCACCAUGAGGUAUCGGCGCGGUCUGCAUC